AAUAAAAUAAACAAAAUGUCGUCAUCACAGGUGGACGGAAGUCGGGUUUCUGCCCGUGGAAUUCUCGAGAUCAACAUGGCUGCGUACAUGAAGAUGUGGAGCAGGUACAGGCAGGCGUAUAAAAACGGGACCGUCUUCUGUAGCAAGUACACUAACGGGUUUGGCGCUGAGAUUAAUGGAUUUUAUUCAGGAGAGUCGCUCAUUCGGAGCGGAUUGACCGCGAAGCGAACACAUUUUUAUAGUUCAUGUAAAAAGUCACCGUUAUGUAGUGGCACCUUCGGCACUAUUACAUCAGUGACAGGACCUGCGCGUCUCACACAGGUAACCAAAUGGGCCAGAAUCGCCAGUGUGCUUCCGCCUGGUGGAGGGAGUGUAAGAUCUGGUAUAGUUAUAAACCACGACCAGAGGAGAUACUUGUUUGGCAACAGAGGCAGCGGCCUCCCGGGAGAGGAUGGAGCUGAAAGUAGUGGUGCUAAUGGUGAUGAACCUGAUGGAGAUGGAGCAGAAUCAGGGUCUCCACCUCUGCACGUUACGGCUCUCACUACCAUGAUGGUGCCGGAGGUUUUUCCCAACGUGCCGCUCAUCGCUGUGAACAGAAACCCGGUCUUCCCACGUUUCAUCAAGAUCAUCGAGGUGAAGAAUAAAGAACUGGUGGAUUUGCUGAGGAGAAAAGUGCGCCUUGCUCAGCCCUACGCUGGUGUCUUCCUCAAGAAAGAGGACAAUGACGAGUCAGAUGUCGUGGAAAGUUUGGAUGCCGUUUACAACACAGGGACUUUUGUUCAAAUCCAUGAGAUGCAAGAUCUUGGUGACAAACUGCGCAUGAUUGUGAUGGGACACAGAAGGAUUCGGAUCACUAAGCAGCUGGAAGUGGAGGCUGAGGAAACAUCCAUCACAACAGAGUCAGAUGCGGAACAGUCUAAAGUUCAGCGGAGAAAAAACAAGCGUGUUCGAAAGGACUCGCUGUCUCCAGCUGAAGAGAUGACCGAGAGAGUAAAGGAAGCAGAGUUUGUGGUGGAGGCUGUUCCUUUACCCAAGAGCAAUGAUGUCCUCAUGGUGGAGGUGGAAAAUAUUAUACACGAUGAGUUCCAGGUCACAGAGGAGGUUAAGGCUCUGACAGCCGAGAUUGUUAAAACCAUCCGUGACAUCAUUGCUUUGAACCCUCUUUACAGAGAAUCAGUUCUGCAGAUGAUGCAGGCAGGACAGAGGGUAGUCGACAACCCCAUUUACCUGAGUGACAUGGGCGCUGCUCUGACUGGCGCAGAGUCACACGAGCUACAGGACGUUCUUGAGGAAACCAAUAUCCCAAAACGGUUGUACAAGGCUCUGUCUCUGCUGAAGAAGGAGUACGAGUUGAGUAAACUACAGCAGCGCCUUGGCAAGGAGGUGGAGGAGAAAAUCAAACAGACGCACAGGAAGUACCUCCUGCAGGAGCAGCUGAAGAUCAUCAAGAAAGAGCUGGGCCUGGAGAAAGAAGACAAGGAUGCCAUCGAGGAAAAGUUCCGAGAAAGGUUGAAGGAGCGCACUGUACCCCAACACAUCAUGGAAGUCAUUAACGAGGAGCUGAACAAACUCAGUCUUCUAGAUAAUCACUCCUCAGAGUUCAAUGUUACGAGAAACUACUUGGACUGGUUAACGUCCAUGCCAUGGGGCACCAACAGUGCGGAGAACCUGGAGCUGUCUCAAGCCAGCAAGGUGCUGGAGGAAGAUCAUUACGGCAUGGAGGAUGUGAAGAAGCGCAUUCUUGAGUUUAUCGCAGUUAGCCAGCUUAGAGGCAGCACACAGGGGAAGAUCCUGUGCUUUUAUGGACCACCUGGUGUGGGAAAGACCAGCAUCGCCCGCUCCAUCGCUAGAGCUCUAAACCGAGAGUAUUUCCGCUUCAGCGUGGGCGGCAUGACCGAUGUAGCUGAAAUCAAAGGCCACAGGAGGACAUACGUUGGAGCGAUGCCAGGAAAAAUCAUACAGUGUCUGAAGAAGACAAAAACAGAAAACCCGCUGGUUCUCAUUGAUGAGGUGGAUAAAAUGGGUAGAGGCUAUCAGGGGGAUCCAUCUUCUGCCCUGCUGGAGCUUUUAGACCCUGAGCAGAAUGCAAAUUUCUUGGAUCACUACUUGGAUGUUCCUGUGGAUCUGUCUAAGGUUCUUUUUAUUUGUACUGCCAAUGUGAUCGACACAAUUCCUGAACCUCUGAGAGACCGAAUGGAAAUGAUCAACGUGUCUGGCUAUGUGGCUCAGGAAAAACUAGCCAUUGCAGAGAGGUAUUUGGUGCCCCAGUUGCGGACUCUUUGUGGUUUGGAUGAGCAGAAGGCCAAUAUCUCCUCAGAGGCUCUGAACGUUCUUAUCAGGCAGUACUGCAGAGAGAGUGGAGUCAGGAACUUGCAGAAGCAGGUGGAGAAGGUUUUCCGGAAAGUUGCAUUCCGUAUUGUUAAUAGCCAGGAGGCCGCAGUCAGCGUGACAGCUGACAAUCUGCAAGAUUAUGUCGGCAAGCCGCUGUUCACUGUAGACCGAAUGUAUGAUGUCACACCACCGGGGGUGGUCAUGGGCCUGGCGUGGACAGCCAUGGGUGGAUCCACGCUGUUCAUCGAGACAUCUUUGAGGCGUCCGAGAACCCCGAAGGAAAAAGACGGAUCUGCUGAUGGCUCUCUAGAGAUGACAGGACAGCUGGGAGAUGUGAUGAAGGAGAGUGCUAAAAUCGCCUACACCUACGCUCGCUCUUUACUCAUGAAGCAACAACCAGAGAACGACUUCCUUGUCGGCUCCCACCUCCACCUGCAUGUGCCAGAAGGUGCCACUCCUAAAGACGGACCAAGCGCAGGCUGCACUAUAAUCACAGCACUCCUGUCCUUGGCCACCAACAUGCCAGUGCGGCAGAAUGUAGCCAUGACAGGAGAAGUGUCCCUGACAGGAAAGAUCCUGCCUGUCGGAGGAAUCAAGGAAAAAACUAUCGCUGCUAAAAGAGCUGGAGUGGAUUGCCUCAUUCUCCCUGCUGAAAACAAGAAGGAUUUCUCCGACCUGGCCGAGUACAUCACAGAGGGCCUGGAGGUGCACUUCGUUGAGCAUUACCAAGAAAUCUACAAGAUUGUGUUCACGGGCCAAUGAAGAACAUUUGAACUUUCAUUUAAUCUGCUAUAAUUAUGUUCCUGGUAUGUGUUCACCAUCUGCUGUGUUUGGUGGCAAACUGUUGCCCUCCAAGUUUCCUUCUACCAGCAGUGUGAAAGAUGUAGGGAUCACAUUUGCAUCUUCAGUGCCAGAGAGCUGGCAGCUGAACUCUGACAUAUCCCUAAUGUGUACCACAAGAUACUGGAAUUGUGUUAUUGCUGCUACGCAGCUGUUAAACACCUUGAUUCAUCAUAUAUGUUGCUAUGGAAGAUGGAGAAAAAAAAAUUCACAACCUG